AUGAAGAGUCAGCACAUUUAUAAGGCUAUUCCACAGUCUGGUUUUAAUUUUGAACUGUUGUCAAAUAUCAAGCUCAACAAGAAUGACCUUAUCAAAGAGAUUAAAAAAAUUAUUUCUAACCAUUAUCUUAAGGAAAAUUGUGCAGAAGAUAUCAAACAUGGGUCAGAGGAUGUUUUGAGAAUUUAUAAUAAGGCCAAAUCUCCUUUCGGCAAAAUUCUCU